AAAUUGUGAAGUUUUGAGAGGAGCCGAAAUCUGAUCCCUGCUUCGAAGCAAAUCGGGACGGUCUCUUCGAUUGAUUCCGCGAACAUUUUUUUUUUGUCGUUGUAUAGUUCUUGUUGAAAACCCUAAUUUGUUUCGUCGAUUGGCUCUGCAAUUAGGGUUUUGCGUCACGUUAAUGGCGGAAACUGCCAGUAGUAGAGAGGAGACUGCAUUCGAUGCGAAGCGCAAACCUGCUGAUCCCUGCUGCGAAGCGAAAGAGGAGCGUUCGAACAAGAUUCAGAAGCUUGAAGUGGUUGAGGGCGAACCCUGUAAUGAUGUAAAGAAGAAUGGUGACAAUGGAGACCAUAAGCAAGGUGAUGAACAGAUUGAUAGCAUUUCUUCGGCUGCGGAAGGGAAAGAUGAUGGAGUUUUUGCAGCUGAUGUAGAUGCGGGGAACGAGGGAGAGGAUUACAAUGAUGAGGACGACUGUGAGAACGGUGAAAAGUCGAGUGGGAAAGCGGCUAAGGAUCGUAAGGGGAAGGGUAUCAUGAAGGAUGACAAAGGAAAAGGGAAAUUGAUAGAGGAAGACGACGACGACGAUGACGACGAUGAAGAUUCCAGUGAUGAUGGAAGCGAAUUUGACAAUGAAGAAAGCGAUUUGUCGGAUGAUCCACUUGCGGAGGUCGAUCUGGACAACAUCCUUCCUUCUAGGACGCGGAGGCGAACGGUUCACCCUGGAGUUUAUUUUGCUACGGAUCUUGGGAACGAAGACGAUGAUAGCAGCGAUAGCGAUGCUUGAAACGCGAAAGCCGAUGUGGGAUCUCACAAUCCUAAAGUUGUGCCAAAGAGGAGGAAUUUGAUAUUGUAUCAAAUCCAAAAGCCAAGGGGGAGGGAGAUCAUAAAAGAUUCUUCAAUUGGUAUAAUCAGAAAAGACACAAAAUCUUCAACCAUAUUGAACAAACUCCAAAGUCCAAAGUCCAAACAUUUCAGCCCUCGAAGUUAUCACUUGGUAAAGUGGCUUCGCUGUUCGAAAGACACUUUAUCUCUUAACCUGAAACAACUUAGGCUACCCCACCCUAGCGAUGGGUUAGUUUUGAAAGAAUUUAGGUAUAGAACUCAAUUCGGAUGCUAGUUAAUAAGUGUGAUAAAAUGUUUGUGGUUUUCUUCUUAUAGAACUUUUCAAAGUAGUCUUUUAAGGCGACUUCCCUCUUCAAUAGCCACGCACCCCUUCUCCGAAAACGACUUGUGCUAUCUCUUCCCAAGUGUAAGGGUGGGGUACUUUGGAUAGAAUACAAGCAUAAAACUCGAAUUAAUGCUGGUUUGUUGUUAGGGUAAAAGAAUUAUUUGGUUCUCUUUUCACAUUUCUUUUAAAGGUUGUAACCAUGUCUUUGCCACCUAAACAUUGCUUU